AUGAGGCGCGCUUCAGUUCGUGCUUGGAUAUCGGUCGGUCGGUUUGUGGCGCGUAGUUUCGGCCUGCACGCGCAGCUUUUUCACGUUUUCGUGAGCGGGGAAUUUACGUCGUUGAUAUGUUGUCGCCUUGCGUAUGCACAGCCACCACCAGCGCAUGAGAGAAGGAAAAGUAGUUCGCGAAUCUGACGAGACGGACGGCGGCAUACCUUUCGUGCGAUUGUGUUGAAACUAGUUUUUUGGACUUUUUUUUGUUGGUCCCCCCGUUGGUUGUUGAAUUUGUGCGAACCUCGCUUUGAGCGAAGGGUUUUGUUUUUUCGGAAGAUUUCACGACGUUUGUGUCUGGGGUCCACUCAGAAGAGGAGGCAUCUGGUUACCUUACUAUUGCUUGGAGGAAAGGUGUCGAAAGUGUACACCCACAAAGUGCUGGGAUAAUUUGGAUGAAUUACAACGCUCAUUGGAAGAAGAAGGGAAUGCAUGUGCGUCGUCUUACAACAAAGUGAAUUAACUUAUCAUCUUUUGAAAUUGCUUAGCUUAUUACUAGAUACAGAUUUGGGCUCUGUUGAAAGUGCGAAAAGUAGGUCUCUUUCGUGUUGUGACCAUUGAACGCGGUCGGUUGGAACCUCUCGGUUCAAGAUUGUUAUUUUUUUUCUGGUGUGUGAAAAGGUGAUUCACGACCUGUGUCGGGAGGUCGUUUUGAGAUAAAUCAUUAUCGUUUUUGUCACGUCUCGCAAGCGGUGAUCGGACAGCGGCUGGGGUUGUGUUGGUAACUGCAUCGAUGGAAUUUUGCUGCCUGGUCAGGCGAGGUGACGUGAUUUAAUUAUCCGGCUCUCUGGUGCGCUGAUCUACGUCUGACGAGCUUUGUUUUCUGCAAUCGAGUGAUGUUCUCACGUACAGUUUGUUUGUGAAGAUAUUUCGAGUGUUCUCGCGUUGCGAUUCAGUGAUUGUGAAAUGCAUUGCCGUGUGUUAUGAAAUAUAGUUUUCAAAUCAAACAAGGUAGUGAAUAAAAAAGAACAAUGUUAACCUCUAGAAAACCGGGACCUCCGGUCCCUCCGAGGCCAAGUGCUGCGGCGGUGGCUAGUGCGCUGGCUAAGCACCGUGAGAACUCCCCGAGCAAGCCAGGAAUGAACACGCUCAAACCUGCACAUCCCGGACGCACUGUGGUUUAUAAAUCACCGGCGUUUGAUCAUGCGAAGAAACCGCAACAGAACGCUUCCAAUGGUUUUAAUGGAGACUCGUAUCAUCCCGCGGCAAAUGGGACGGGACAGCCGUACAAGAAAACCGAGGUUUAUGUCGGCGAAUCUAACGGGUUUGGCGUGGAUCGUUCGGAGAGUGUCGCCAACCUGCGAAAUAAUAACAACCGCUCGAGCUUGGAGAACGGGAAAUUGAUGUACACGUCAACAUGUAGCAUAAUCGAAGUGAAUUCAUCCUCGUCGUCGGCUUCUACAUCGGCGUCAUCUUCGCCCGUGUCAACUCUGCAGAAAUCAGAAUCCAAAUCGAGUCUUUACGACAUCCGUAAUGAUCGCAAUCAUCCGAAUUCUGCCCACAAUGGAGACGUCAUCUCAAGCAAAAAACAGCUGAAAAACACAUACAACCAUCGACAUCUGGAUGUGCUUGGGGGCAGCACCAUUAAGUGUAAUUUGCCGGAUGUAAUCGUGAUCAAUUCACCCUCUCAGGAUCAUGACAGUGGUACCGAUCAAAACUCAAUGGAUACCAACAGUAUCGCGUCCAAUGGCUCCCUCGAACGUGAAAACAAUCUGAAAAAUCUAGAAACCCGAAGUGCCCAUCUGACGGAGAUCAUUAUCGGUUCCGGAGGCGAUACCCUCGCUCCGACCACAACCGUCCUAACGAAUGGGGCAUCAACCGUAAUUGAGGCACGAAAUGACAGUUUACUAGCCAACAAAUCCAAACAAGUGACGCGAAAUUCGUCCAUCCAUUUACCCUACCGUCCCGAGCCGGAGGGAGGUGAACAUCGUCUGUCCCCGGCCAACGACUUCAACCACGUGGUGAAUGUGAUCAAACCUCCCGCGAGCGAACUGCCGCAACCGACGAUCGACUCGAAAUUGAGCAGCGAGAAGAAAGUCGCUUUCCACGAGUUGCUAAUCUCGGAACUGACCGCAAUGCGAUCGGCUGUCGGUGAUGCGGCGUCAAAAUGUCACCCAGCGGAAAGGAGAUCCUCACCGGAACUGGAAGGAACCGCAACGCGUUUGGCGCGGAUCAGAACCUCGGAUUGGGUUGAAGUGGGAGACAACGGCAAGGAGGUAUUUCUGUCGAGCUGCCAGAUUAGCCUGGAGGACUCCGGAAUGGAGGACGAGGAGAAGCUGGAUGAUGCCUCGUCCGGUGUUGGGGACUCUUGGGACAGUGUGAAGGAUGCCGAGGAACGCAUCACGAUGUCCAUGCCGGGACUGCCCCCGCUACCGAAGAGUCUCAGUGGUUUCGAUCUGGCCAGUCAGCAGCUACAGUCUCACCAGCAACACCACCACAAUCCCCACCAUCAACAGCAGCAGCAACAGCAUCAACAUCAACACCAUCAGGCACAGCAGCAGCAGCAACAGCAGCAACAACAUCAUCACCACCACCACCAGUCAUCCCAUCAUCCUUCAUCCUAUCACCAUCAGCAGCAUCAAAAUCUGCAUCCCCAUCAACAUCUGCAGCCGCCGCAGUCGUCGCAGCAGCAACAACAGCCGCAACAGUCAACACUGACGCUGAAUCAUCAUCCCACGAAUCCUUUCAUCCCGAUCGGAUCCAACCUGCAGAGUGUCAGUAUGGCCUCCCUUGUGUCCCAGCGGGGUCAAUCGCCGGUCAGCAGCAUCAGCAGCAGCAACAGUACCGCGGCCACCACCAACAGUGGCUCCAGUGGAAGCGUCCGGAAGCCGACCACACUCGACACACAGCUGGCGAUCCUGCGACGAGAAAUGUACGGCCUGAGACAGCUGGAUCUGUCGCUACUCUCCCAGCUGUGGGCGCUGAACGAAUCCAUCCAGGAGUUCCGCACGAUGCUGCAGGACCAGGAAACCCUCUCGCCACCCUCGCCAACACCAUCCAACUCGGAUAUCAACUCGGUCUCGUCGGACGAUGACGAGGACGAUUCGUCCAACACCCAGACGGUGGGUGGAAUCAUCGGAAUCGCCGCAGCCACGGUGCUAAGUUCAUCGCAAUCCAGUCGGAUGAGGGCACCACCGCCUCCGCCACCCAACCGGAAGGCGCCCUCCCGGCCGGUCUGAGUUUGCUUGUGAAAGUCCGAAAUAUUCCAAAAAAUACACUCACACUCUGUUUCACAACCACACACACACACACACAUACACAUACACUUUACAAACUCUAGCCAAUAAACAUCAAUUCACUUCAAAAAGGGGAUCUGAACGUCGUUAUAUUAUUAGCAUCAAGAAGCAAACCGUAAGUCAAUAGAACAAGACAAUGUCGGUGGUUUUCGUACGAAGUGGUGCUGCUCCGAUGUUGGGAGGACAAACCACACACACGAAUGCUGCGCUUUAGAAACUUAAGGAAAAGCAAAUGCUCCCCGCGCUCUUAUGUAAAUAUUAAUUAACGUAAUUCUUUGAAAACGUGACUACAACUAAUUAAUAAAGAAACAUUGUUCCAAAAUUGAAAUGUUGCAUACGAGUAGACAUGCAUUGAAAAUAA